CAAGUGUCAACUUGUCAUGUCAUUUUUUUGGUGUUUUAUUCUUUAAAUUGAAUAGAAAAUAAAUAAAAAAUGUCAGCAUUAAAUAAUAUCUUUCAAAUCGUAUCAGUGUAAAUAAUUAUCAAGAGGAAACUUUAUUUUCUAAACCUAUUAUUACUUUCUUUCUAAAAUAUGAAACCUUUGGAUACAAUAUAAGAACAACAAUGUCUUCAAGCAUUUAUGAAAAAAUUCAUAAUAAAGAAGGCUCCAGGCCUUAUAAAUGCUGCGAAUACGCUAAUAAAGUGUCUAUAAAUCUUAAUCAUUUUAGAAGAGAUGGUCGAUUUUGUGACAUUGACUUGAUAUCUGGAAAAACUAAAGUGCGAGCACACAGAGUAGUACUGGCAGCCAGCUGUGAAUAUUUUGAUGCAAUGUUUAAUGUGGGCUUAGAAGAGAGCCAAAAGGGUCGGGUAGUAUUACCUAGUGUUCCUCCUGGCAUUCUUCCUUUGAUAAUUGACUUUAUAUAUACUGGUGAAAUUGUGAUUGAUAAGGCUACAGUACAACAUUUGAUGAUAGCGGCUGAUAUGUUCCAACUUCGGGAACUGGUGAUUGGUUGUGGAGAAUUUUUAAAGAGAGAACUGCACCCUUCUAAUGCACUAGGCAUUUUUAGGUUUGCAGAAAAUCACAAUUGUACUGAGCUUGCUGAAGAAGCAUUGGCACAUGCUCAAGCUCACUGGAAUUUGGUAGCAAAUGGUGAAGAAUUAUUAGAACUGCCCCUGCAACAACUGCUCACACUCUUAUCUUCAGAGCAACUUAAGGUGGACAAUGAAGCUCAGGUACUGUAUCCAGCUUUAAAAUGGCUUGAACAUGAUCCAUCAUCAAGAAGACGCCAUUGUUUUGAAGUUCUAAGCCAUGUGCGGUUGCCACUUAUCUCGCCACAAGUGUUGGAUGAUACCAUUAAAACUGUGCAAGAUCCUUCUAUAGCAGUGGCUUUGAAAACAGUCAGAGUGGAUAUGAAGUCGGGUCGCGGCGCGCUGGUGGCGCUGGCGGCGGAGCCCAGGGCGCGCGCGCGCCGCGUGCUGGUGGUGGCGGGCGGCUCGUGCCACGACGCCGCGCCGCAUCCGCCGCACGCCGCCGAUAACAUUCUCUCCUCUGUACUCAAAUUUGACUUGCACAAACGAGAAUGGGAAGAGCUAGCGCCAAUGGGUAUAGCAAGAAUUCAACCUGGAGUUGCAAUGUUGAGCGGGCGGGUGUACGCCGUCGGCGGAGAGCAAGGCAGUCAAAUAUUGGCUAAUGGCGAAGUGUAUGAUCCACAGACUGACAAAUGGUCGAAUAUAGCGCCGAUGAAAGAAGCGCGGUGCGAGUUCGGGCUGACGGCAUGGAACGGCAACCUGUUCGCGUUCGGCGGCUGGGUAGGCUCGGACAUGGGCUCCUCGGUCGAGGUGUACGACCCCGCGUCCGACGAGUGGACGCUCACCGGGCAGAUGCCAGAGCCGCGCUUCGGAAUGGGUGUUGUUCAUUUUGAAGGUCUAAUAUAUGUGGUAGGCGGCUGCACGCACACGUGGCGGCAUACGCGCGACCUGCUGUGCUACACGCCCGCGGCGCGCACGUGGCGCGCGCUGGCACCCAUGCGCCACGCGCGCAGCCAGGCCGCCGCCGUGGUGCUGGGCGCGCACCUCUACGUCAUCGGCGGCAACGCGCCGCGCCGCACCGUGCUCGCCUCCGUCGAGAGAUACAGCUUUGACGACGACUCGUGGGAGGAGGUGGCGAGCCUGAAGGAGGCGCGUGCGGGCUGCGCGGCGGGCGCGGCCGACGACAUGCUGCUGGCGGCCGGCGGCGACAGCGAGUGCGCGGGCGAGCGCGCCUUCUACCGCGCGCGCACCACGCUCGCCUCCGUCGAGAUGUACGACGCGGCGCACGACGUGUGGCAGCCGGCGCCGCCGCUGCCGCACUCUCGCGCCGAGGCGGGCGCCGCGCUACUCUGACGAACCGACCGACUGACUACACGGUUUCUAUACAGUUCGGCGAGAGCGAAUGCGCGGGUGCGCUUCUACCUCACGUGCACCACACUCGCCUCCGUCGAGACAUACGACGCGGCGCGUGACGUGUGGCUGCCGGCGCCGUCGCUGCCGCAAUCGCGGGUCGCGCUGCUCUGACGGACCGACCGCCUGACUACACGGUAUAUGUGGCUCGGCGAGAGAGGACGCCUUUAACCGCGCGCUUACCACACUCGCUUCCGUCGAGAUGUAUGACGUUGCGGACACGCAAAUAACAUUACAGAGUUUGUCGGUCACAUACACAGAGGUCACGUCUGUGCAAUCUUAUGCUGACAUCAUCAGCGUACCAUGGUGGCCUCAGACAAAGAAUCAACGUGGACUUGUCAUCAAAAUAACAAUACCUUGUUGGAGCAAGCUGACAAACUAACGUUUGACCAGAGACGUCGACGCCUCGACGUUUUGUUAGAAUUUCCCUGUCUAAUACUAUAAUAACAGAUGUCUAUCUCAUCAAGUCAUCAGUAACAUUAUUAUUCCAAGUACGCUCAUCAUGACGCUUUAUGCUGAUAUUGCUUCAGAAACAGGUCGACAAUCGUAAGUAGAAGUCAGUGAAAUAUUUGAAUCAAAAUAUACUUUCAGCUAGACGUCACUAUUCUCACGUCAAAGUUAGUUCUAUUCUUUUUUCGUUUGAACGCAUUAUAUCCUUGCGCAACUCUCUUGGAAUAGCAAAAUCAUUUAUUUUGCAAACAUUUAAAUACCUACCAAUGAUGAACAGUUAAUAAUUUGAUGAGCAGUGCGUAACAACUUUCGACUUCUGCGCAUUUUUAUUAUAAUUCUGAAACGUAUGUGAUACAAGUAAGAAAAGUAAUUUAUUUAUUGAUAAAUACACAAUAUGCAGCGAUGCGGCGUUUGUCGCCAACGAUGAAAAACACUAAAAACUUUACUAUGCGAAAUAUUUUAAUCGUUUUAUUUAGUUAAUCGCUUUUAAUAAUCAACUUACGUCCAUUCUCAAUGUUCGUAAUCUGUAGAUAGGUUACUUAGCAACAUUGUUAUUGGCCAAAAAUUGUAUGGUCUCUUUGAACAAUAACAAUAUUGCUCGAUAACUUAUGUACUGGUUACAGAUAGAUUGAAUAUUGAAAACGGACGUUAAAUUAUAAUAAUCUUAGUUUAAGACGUAAUGUACAAAAAAUAUAUAUAGGCAACACAAAAUAAUUGUAAUUAUUAAAUCUAAUUAAUUAACCAUUUUAUAUCAGACCAAGUUAUAUUAAUAUAUCAAUUGUACAUUUUAAGUUAAAUGAAAAAAAGUAAAAGUAAAAUCAUUGAAAAAGAGGUACAGGAUGUUUGAUCAAGAAUAGAAAACUAUGAAAUGUCUGGCUCCAUAUUUGUAUAAAUGUAUUUAUUUUGAUGUAGGUAUCCAAAUCAGUAGAUGAUUGACCAACCUAAAAGGUCUCAGUGUGGGUACAUUUUCUGCAUGGAAAUUUUUGUAAAAAUCAUACCACUACUUUUAGACCUGUCAAUUAUUAUCCUAGAUUUGUAUACCCAACCAAGGGUGCCAAUAAUGGGACAUCUUUGAUCUUAAAUUUUUAAAAUACAUAGGCAUGUUCUCACACUGUGAAAAAUGAUCUUAAAUAAAUAAUCUGUUCUAUGGAAUUACUAUAAGAUAAGAAUGUUUUUGUGGAUAACUGGACCCCUAGUUAGCUUCUACUAUCUGAUAACUGACCAAGUUUUUGUAUUGUACAACUCAAAUAAUGUAUAUAUUAUAUAAUAGAGAACGUUAAUUGUA